AUGACUAUCAACUCUUCUCUCGUUCUUGUUACCGGAUCAACUCAAGGCAUUGGCCUUGCUGUCAUCAAAAAACUUGCUACCAAGCACAACUACCAUGUCCUUCUUGGUGUCCGUAACACGAAAGCCGGAGAACAGAUCGUCUCUGAUCUUCGCAACGAGGGUUAUAAGGCGAAUGUUGUCGAACUAGACCUCACUUCCCCCGAGUCUAUCAGCAAGGCCACUAUACAUAUCGAACAGACCUAUGGUUACCUCGAUGUUCUGAUCAACAAUGCUGCUGUCUUGCUUGAUGGACACAAGGGCCUGACAACUUGGGAACUGUACCAGAAAACAUUCACAACCAAUGUCAUCGGAACUGGCUACCUUACUCAAAGCCUUCUUCCACUUCUACGUCAAGCCAAAGCAGGCCCACCUCGCAUCAUCUUUGUAACAAGCGUAAUGGGUAGUCUCGCCAAAGCCACCGAUGAAACUACCAUUUACUACAACAUCGACUAUAAGGUGUAUGAUGCGAGCAAAGCAGCCGUCAACAUGCUUAUGUUUAACUUUGCCCGGGAGCUCGACGAUAUCGGUGGAAAAGUGAACUCUGUUUGUCCGGGCUUGGUCAAGACAGCUUUGUCGGGUUACCAUGACUGGGGAACGACCCCAGAGGUUGGAGCUGAGAGGAUUGUGGAAUUAGCUACCACUACCGACAACGAUGGACCGCAUAAGACUAUCAGCGAUCGCAAUGGAGAACUUCCAAGGUGA